AUGACUUUUGUUCUUAAGAAUAAUCAUAUAAAAAUUCGAUUUUACUUUGCAAAAGAAAGUGUAUUAUUUGUGUUUUUUAAUUCACAGAUUAUUAUUCUUUGUUAUUUGAAAUGGGAGUUCCAGCAUUUUUCCGUUGAUAAACCUUCCACAGAUGCUCAAGGCGUUUAUCAUCCAUUAGAUGAAACUAGACCGAAUCCGAAUGGUUAUGAAUUUGACAAUUUGUAUUUAGACAUGAAUGGAAUUAUUCAUCCGUGUACACAUCCAGAAGAUCGUCCACCACCGAAAAACGAAGACGAAAUGAUGAUCUUGAUUUUUGAAUGUAUCGAUCGAUUAUUUUCAAUUGUUCGUCCACGAAAAUUGCUCUACAUGGCAAUUGAUGGUGUUGCACCACGUGCGAAAAUGAAUCAACAACGUUCGAGACGGUUUCGAGCUUCGAAAGAUGCCGUUGAUAAACAGCAAAUGAUCGAACAGAUUUCCAAUGACAUCCGAUCCAAUGGUGGUCUUUUACCUGAAGACAAAAAACCCGAAGGCCGAACCGAACACUUCGAUUCGAAUUGUAUUACACCUGGUACGCCAUUUAUGUCGAAACUAGCUGAAUGUCUUCGUUAUUAUAUCCGACUUCGUAUGAAUACGAAUCCUGCGUGGCGAUCUAUUAAAAUCAUUCUGUCGGAUGCCAAUGUUCCCGGUGAAGGUGAACACAAAAUCAUGGAUUACAUUCGUCGACAACGUGCCCAGCCUGACCACGAUCCUAAUACACAUCAUGUUCUAUGUGGUGCUGAUGCUGAUUUAAUCAUGCUCGGUUUGGCCACACAUGAACCGUAUUUUACAAUUAUUCGUGAGGAAUUUAAACCAUUCAAACCACGUCCGUGUGAAUUAUGUGGACAAUUUGGACACACUUUAAAAGAUUGUAAAGGUAUUCCGAAAGAAAAAUUUGGUAAAAAUGAUGAAUUAGCACUGGGGAAUUCACAAGAAACUCAAUACAUCUUCGUUCGAUUAUCCAUCUUACGAGAAUAUCUUUAUCGGGACUUAGAUUUACGUCGGCAUUUAUCGUUCGAAUGGGAUAUUGAACGCGCUAUUGAUGAUUGGGUAUUCAUGUGCUUUUUCGUUGGCAAUGAUUUCUUACCGCAUUUACCAUCACUUGAGAUACGUGAAAAUGCGAUCGACCGUUUGAUCGAUAUUUACAAGAGUAAUGUAUCGAAAUUUCAAGGUUAUUUAACUGAAAAUGGUAUACCGGUCAUGGAACGUGUGGAAGUCAUUCUAACAAAUAUUGGAAGAAUGGAAGAUGACAUAUUUGCCAGGCGACACGAAAAUGAUCAACGACAACGUGAACGCAAUCGAUCAUAUAACAAUAAUAACCAACCGCCAAAUAAACGUCUCCGAUCAACAACAGAACCGGCAGGACUUACACAACUCCCUGUCUGGAUGUCAGCACCACAGUUAGAACCACAACCAAUUGGCCAACGUCCUACUGCAAGUAUUGCGAAUCCAAGUCAGGCUAAUGCACAACUACGUCAGAUGCAACGUGUAGACUUUUCAUCGGAUGAUACGUCGAAUCAUCGAUCUAGAAAACGUACCCAUGAAGAAAUGGACCGCGAUACUGAUUCAGUCGUCUUGAGUAAACAGAACUCCGUGGUAGACGAAGAAGGUGACAACGAUCCAAAUGACACAGUUCGUCUUUGGGAAGAGGGCUGGCGCGGAAGAUACUAUAAGAAUAAAUUCAAUGUUGAUAAAGAUGAAAUAGAUCAAUUUCGUGUUGAAGUUGCACAGCAUUAUGCUCGAGGUCUAUGUUGGGUUCUUCAAUAUUAUUAUCAAGGUGUACCUGCAUGGGACUGGUAUUUUCCCUAUCAUUACGCACCAUUUGCAUCAGAUUUUCUUCAUCUGAAAGAUCUACCAGUCACUUUCGAUAAGAAAACUAAGCCAUUUAAGCCAUUAGAACAAUUGAUGGCCGUCUUUCCAUCCCAGUCUCGUCAAUUUCUACCUGUGGAAUGGCAACCUCUAAUGACACAAAAAGAAUCUCCGAUAAUUGACUUUUAUCCAUUAAAUUUCUGUAUAGAUCUCAAUGGUAAACAACAACUGUGGCAAGGUGUUGCUCUGCUACCGUUUGUCGAUGAAAAACGUUUACAUCGCACACUGGAACAUGUCUAUUCAACAUUAACAAAUGAAGAAGAGAGACGCAAUAAACGUGAUUCUGAUCGUCUUUUCAUUCAUUCGAGUGAUUUAUGCUAUGAUUAUUUGAAAAAGUUAUACGUUCCAGGCGAAAAUGAAAUUACAAAAAAAAAUUCAUUAGAAUUACCAACGCGAUUAAGCGGAGGCAUAGCUGGACUUCUUUGGCCAGAUGAUGAUGAUAAAAUUAAGCCUAUUGGAGAUAAAAUAAAACCUCCAUUACCUAAUUGUGAAGAUGUUCUUAACAAUCAAAUCAUGUGUGUGAAGUAUCGAGACUUGCCAUACGAUGAUGAUUAUAUUUUUCAAGCGAAAUUGUUAGAUAAUGUUCAAAUGCCAACGCCGACACUAAAACCAUAUGAUUAUGAUCAAUCACAACCGUUUCGACCAAAUCUAGGAUUUGCUCAACGGCCACAAUAUCAACGAGAUUUCGCAACUGCUCAUCGCACAAUCCGGCAUUCGAUAGGUUCGCAGCAGCAACAACAACAACCGGGUGGUUUCACUCGUCAAUCUGGUGGAUUCAACAAUUACAGGCAACCGUACGAUAACAAUCGCCAACGAGAGUCAAACGGCGAUUACCGUCCGCGCUAUUCAAAUGAUGGUUAUCGACCACGUUUUCAAAACGAUGGCUUUCGUCCACGCAAUCUCAAUGACGGAUAUCGACCACGCAAUUUCAACGACGAUUAUCGUCCGCGUCAUCCACGCGGUAAUUUUCAACCACGCCAAAACAAUUCGUAUAAUUCUUAUCGACAGAAUUAUUGA